AUGCUCCAAUUAAUAGCCUACUUUGACAACCAGAAGAUGUGGUAUGACCUUCUGACCGCUAGGCUAACGGAUGAUUCGCCAGAGUGGUUACAGGCAACUCUCGAAGACCAGCCUUAUUUCGAAGGUGCGACGGCGGUUCUCGUGGAUUACUGUUUCCCGGAAGUGCAGCACGCAAGCCAGUCGUACAGUAUGCACAGCUGCGUGCACGAUUGGACACUUGGCGAGCUGAAUGCGACGAUGAGUUCGGAGCUUUACUGGUACGCAUUCGAUUGUGUAGCCAAAGACAUUGAAGAUGACGACUGGUACUUGUUUAGCCAUGUGAAAUACAGCCAUAUGAGUCAGCAUGCGAGACGGCUGGCUUAUUCUCGAUUUGAGGCAUACGAUAAGCUAGCAAUGGGUAUCGCUGGGCGGGAAUACAAAAUUAUGGGUGUUGCACAAAUGCUUAAAGAACAGGUACAGUUAGUGGCCGCUGUGCGGAUGUUCAUACGAGCACUGGCUGGGUACGAGGCAGCACCGGGCCUCGAUCACACCUCGACACUAAGCACAGUCAAUAAGCUCGGCAACCUAUACAGAGAUCAAGGCAAGCUAGAGCAGGCCGAGCAGAUGUACCAGCGAGCACUGACUGGGUACGAGGCAGCACUGGGGUCAGACCACACCAGGACACUAAGCAUAGUCAAUAAGCUCGGUAAUCUGUACAAGUACCAAGACAAAGUAGCUGAACUGGCUCGGCUAGUCGCAACUUGA